UUUUGUCUGGUGUUAUGUCUUUUUGUUGUUUACAUGUUUUUUAUUGUUUUAAUUAAGCACGCGUUGUUUCAUAUCGGUUUUGUUUUUGUUUUCAAACAGCAACAGUUGAUUCAUGUAAAAUUGAGAAAUUAGCCAAGUUAAGUUGCUCAAAAAGUGAAGUGAAAUGGGCAAAAUAUCAGCUGUGUAGCAACAGAAUUUAAAUUCUGUAAAAAAUGUACCGGUCAAUAAAACAAAUAAUUUGAAUAUUUUUUACGCACUGAACAAUCGGGUGUUGUUGUAGCAGCACAACAUUCCCCAUGCAAGUACGAGGAAUGCUGUUGGAGUGGCGGUCCUUGGCCGGUUAUAAAUCCGGGUCAUUCCGGUAACAUAUAACUGAUUGCCGUGGGAACUGUGUGCAGGAGUUGAUAGCUGUGUACCCAUUAGAAAAAACGCUUCCGAGCAACCCGACAUAUGAUUAGCAUUAUUGUAUAAGUAUGUACUAGGGUGGCCAAUAUGAGCUGGAAAUUUUAAUCCCAGGGUUUCGGGAUGUUUUUAAAAUAAUAAAAAUUGUUAAUAUAAAUAAAAAUUCUAUAACUGCAAGCACUGAAUUUAAGAGGCGAAUUUUUUGGAACCGUGCAAUAUCCAACUCGGACUUGCUAAACAAAGCUAACAAGCUUGACGUGGCGAGUAUUGCAGGCGAUGGAAUAAGUGCUAAUCGCGACAUUCAAGAAGAAGAUGAAAUGGCAGUGGAUAAGGCAUACAUUAGAAAAAGUGAUGACAACGUUGCUAGGCAAGCCCUUCGUUGGAACCCCUUCCAACAAGUUGGCCGAGGAGUGGAUAGGCCAAGUACAACCUGGAGAUGCAAUGAAAUCGUCAUUACCACUACAGUCUUGUGCAAGCCAUUACUUCCACUGUGGAUUCGCGACAAUGAAUACUGGUAUAAGAUUGCCAGCCUUAGGAUAACCACUUCUUUUGUUCCAUUUGCCUCCAUUUCACUCUAGCAGCAUUCUCCAAACAUAGCCAACAGUCCAAAAUGAUGAUAGGUAAACCAUCGCCAAAUCAUUACGCUACCUUCUGUGUAACAGUUCUUCUAAAGCAAUCCCCCGCUGACGCAACGGAUAUCGAUUUGGCAAAAAAAAAAGAAACUUUGCUGGCGCCACCAAUUAACCUAAAAGAGCAACUGACCACGACACACGACGAGUGCAAAGAAGAAAUUCCCAGCAGUUUUUUGCUCACCGUCCUCCGUUUAACACUUCGCGGCGUUGGCGCACUGCAACUGACGCCUGCGUAACGUACACAUUUCGAUCAAAUUUAAUAACCUUUGCGGCUGCCACCACAAAAAUGGCCGAAUUACCAGCACCUACGAGUGAUUACCUUCAUCGUUCGAUCGAUCAGCUGCGCUCAAUGAACGAACGGAAUGUCCUCUCAUCAUUGAGCCAUCAUCUGACGCCGAUGGAAUUGCGCAAUGCCGCACAAUUGGCAGCACACGAUUACAAGCCUUUCAAUAUCAAUGAGUUUCGCCAGAAUGUGGAACGUUUGGAUUACUCAUUGAAGAAUGGCAUUAUACAACAACAGCAAUUGCUUGCUGAUCAUCAGCAGCAACAACAUCAGCAGCAGCAAGCGCAUGAGCAGCAACAGCAGCAGGUUCAUCAACAGCAGCAGCAGCAACAACAACAGGCCCAGCAGCAGGUAGCGGCGCAUCAACAACAACAGCAACAGCUACAACUGAAGCAAUCAUACAGUCCGCCAAAUUCACCGGCCACACCCACUAUGACCGAACAGCCGGAACAGAAGUAUGAUCCUCAUGCAGCCGUUGUAGAACAGCAGCAGCAACAACAACAACACACCGUCAGUCACAAGCAACAACGCAACCAACAAGGCUCCCCCGAUGGUCGUGAUGCCAAGCCCUACAAAUGCACCCAGUGCACGAAAACCUUUGCCAACUCGUCUUACCUAUCGCAGCACACCCGCAUCCAUCUGGGCAUCAAGCCGUACCGCUGCGAGAUCUGCCAACGUAAAUUCACACAACUAUCGCACCUGCAGCAACACAUCCGCACCCAUACUGGGGACAAGCCCUACAAGUGCCGUCAUGCCGGUUGCCCCAAAGCCUUCUCGCAGCUCUCCAAUCUGCAAUCGCACUCACGCUGCCACCAAACGGACAAACCCUUCAAAUGUAAUUCCUGCUACAAAUGUUUCACCGACGAAAUGACGCUGCUGGAGCACAUACCGAAGCACAAAGACUCGAAGCACCUGAAGACGCACAUCUGCAACCUCUGCGGCAAGUCUUACACGCAGGAGACUUAUUUGCAAAAGCACUUGCAAAAGCAUGCCGAGAAGGCGGAGAAGCAACAGCAACGUCAUGCGAAUGCUACAGCUAACCCACAACACCACGUGCCUGCCGGCGGUAUCGGCCUAAAUUUGCAGCGACAGGUGGUGAUGAAUGCCGCCGCCGCAGCAGCGACCAGCGAUCCUAAUUCGUAUUGGGCGAAAGUGGGUGCUGAUAGUGCAGUAAAUGCCGCCACGCUAGCUGAAGCUAUACAACAACAACAACAACAAGCUGCUGCUGCUGCAGCAGCAGCCGCAGCGGCUGCACAGCAACAGCAACAACACUCGCAGAAUGGCUAUAACUUUGCAGCGUUGCAACAGCACCAACAACAACAACAGCAGCAAGAACUGUUGCAACAUCAUCAGCGGCUGGUGAAUGGUGGUGCAGGUAGUGGAGGCGAUAGUGCCGGCAGCGGCAGCACACCCAAUCACUCACAAUCGCCCAACGAUGAGGGCGAAGAUUUGGUGAUGCGCCAAACACCACAACACCACCUGCAACAACAGCAGCAACAACAACAGCAGCUCCAACAUCAACAAUCACACUCGCCAAAUCCGCUAUUAAUGGGCAAUGCGGCGGCAGCGGCAGCAGCAGCAGCGGCGGCCGCGGCCAAUUAUGACGUGAAAACAACAAGCGCCUUUACACCAAUCAACACGGCGCCACCACACUUGAAUGCGCUAGCUGCGCAACAGCGUCCACCCGCCGCCGCAGCGUACCUGUACCAGCAGAAUGCCGCCGCGGCAGCCGGUUUUCCGACGCAACUCAUCUCAUUGCAUCAGAUACGCAACUAUGCGCACCAACCAAGCGCAGCAGCAGCAGCAGGGCUGUUGGCCAGCGAUCACCUGCUCGGCUUGACUGGUGUGACUGCGGGCGGUGCCGGCAAGGACAAGGGUCAAUAGUACGCCGGGCAUCACAGCGGUGUUGGCAACAACAACAGCGGAUGUCGUGGUAGAAGAAAAAAAUGUAAAAAGCGGCAACAUGAACGUGCACGUGAACGCAGUUAGUUGAGUUGACUGAGGUGAAAUGGGGAAGAUGCAGAGCAUUAAGUGACCAGUCGGCAGGAGGGCGCACAACAGAGCGUUGCGAGACAUGCAACGUGAACAACAAAAGCAACAGCACAAACUCAGGUUAUAAAGAUGGCUUCAACAAAAGCAGUAAAAGCAGCAAUGAAGCAAAACGUACAAGAAACAACAAAAGCAAAAAAUUAUUAAAAACUAAGGUACACGCAGUCGAAGCACUUAGCUGCUGGCAGCAAUUUAAUUUGCGCGCAAAAUACGAAUACAUCUACUAAUAUAAAAAAAACAGCAAGCAGAGAUACUGAUAAUCUUUGCUCCCACAAUUCUUCAACACCACCUACUUACACUGCUUCUUAUAUUAUCUAUAUGUAUGUGUGCAUGUUUGUAAGUGAGGCCACCUUUGGCCCGUACAUUUGCAUGCCUGUGCGUUUCUCUACAGAAAUCUGGUACCUGUGUCUUUUGCACUUUUCAACGGCAGGUGCUUCUCUUUGCCAUCUCCCUUUGCUAUACGAACAACCACCACCAGGUUUUCUUCUCUCAUUUGCAGUGCGCCUGUGCGCAUUUACAGUAUACAAAUUAUACAAAUUGUAGCAUAUAAUUAAUUAUAGUAAUUACCUGUAAUUAGCGAUUAGUAACUCAUCUAGUAAUUAGGUAAUCGUAUUGUAGCAAAAGUAGUUUGAUAAGCCGAA